AUGGGGAGGACGGGGGUGGCCUCCGCCUCCAGUGGUGGAGGAGCAGGAUGGCCGUGCGGUGGUGGCCUCAACCUCGGCGUGAAGCUGAACGUGCUGCUGCUGCUGUCGGUGGUGGCCACCAACCUGGUGUCGUUGUACCACCUCUCCCUCCGCGCCGCUACCGUGCCGCCGCUCCUUCUCCAGCAGCAGCAACGGGACGGCGACAAGGACCUGGUCCUCAUCCGGCAGCUGGACGCCAUCCGCGCGGGCGUGUCGCAGCUGAACCACCUCCGCUCGUCGUCCCCUCCCCCGCCGCCUCCCCCGGCGGAGCUGGUCCUCUACUCCCGCCUCGCCCCCGUCGCGUCCGCCUGCUCCGCGCACCCGGACCUCCUCCACCGCUACAUGUCCUACACCCCCUUCGCGCCCUGCCCCGACGACGCCCUCUCCCUCGCCGAGCCCCUCCUCCUCCGCGGGUGCCAUCCGCUCCCGCGCCGCAGGUGCUUCUCCCCCACCGCACCCGCAUCAGCAUCCAAACUCCUCCCCACCGACCCCUUCGCCCCGCUUCCCGACGCCGCCGUCCGAUGGCCCAAGGAGGGCAAGUGCAAAUCGUUCUCCUGCCUGCCGCCGUCGCUGGGCUUCGACGUGGCGCGCACGGAGGCCGCACGGUUCCUCCGCUCGCGGGGACCCUUGGACCUGACGGCGCCGCAGCUGCUGCGGCUGGCCUCGCUGAGCCGGGCGGGGCCCAUCCGGCUCGGGCUCGACAUCGGCGGCGGCACGGGCACGCUGGCGGCGCGGCUCAAGAAGCUCGCCAACGCCACGGUGCUGACGACCACAAUGAACCUGGGCGCGCCCUACUCGGAAGCGACCGCGGCGCGUGGGGUGGUCCCGCUGCACGUGCCGCUGCAGCAGCGGUUCCCGGUGGGAGACGGGACCAUGGACGUGGUGCGUGCGGGGCACGCCGUGAACCGUUGGAUCCCAGAGGCGGCGCUGGAGUUCCUGUGGUACGACGCCGACCGUGUGCUGCGCCCAGGCGGGCUGCUCUGGGUGGACCACUUCUGGUGCCGGAGGAGCAACCUGGAGGGCGUCUAUGCCGCCAUGCUGCGGAGGCUCGGCUACAAGACCAUCAAGUGGGUCGCCGCUGACAAGAGCGUCGCCGGAGGCGGCAACAGCGGCAAGGACGAGGAUUAUAUUGAAGAUAAUGACAGCCUUGUUCUGUUGCAUGAUCAGAUUCAUGACUGUGACAUUAUUUUGUCACAAAUAGGAUCAAUUCUUAGUGGAUUCCAGGUCCAUAUAGGUUUGAUAAGCUCGGAAAUUAGAAGCCUUCAGGAGAAAUCCUGGGAUAUAAGCUUGAAACUGAAGAACCGCAAGUUGGUUGAGACAAAGCUUGCUGGGUUUGUUGAAGAGAUAGUUGCUCCUCCUGGUUUGGUAAAUAUUCUUAUUAAUGGAGAGGUAAAUGAUGGUUAUGCCAGAAGUCUGGAGAUCCUUAGCACAAAGUUGAAAUUUGUUCAAGAUGAUCCGUUGAUUAAUGCAUCACAAGCUCUGAAUGAUAUUAAGCAAGAAUUGGAAAGGCUUCGACAAAAGGCACUAUCCAAGAUUUCUAGACAUAUUAUGGAGAUUUUCUUUGCUAUGAGAAAACCUGGGACUAAUAUACAGAUAUUGCAACAAAAUUUGCUUCAGAAGCAUAGGUAUCUCGUUCUGUUUCUUAAAGAGCAUGGUUCCGAGACGUAUGGUGAUUUGUGUGCAUCAUAUGUUGAUACAAUGAAUAAGGUGUUGAGUACAUACUUUCAUGUGUAUGUAGAAGCAUUGGAGAGGUUGAAGCUAGAUAUUGGUGUACUCAAUGAUUUUAGUGGACAUGAUACCAGUAUCAUUGAUAUUAUAAUAAGAGGAAGAGAGCAUCUGAGAAAUCAUGGUUUCAUGUUUUCAUCAGGUGAACGUGCAAAUAUUCUGAAGGAGAUUCAUCAACCUGGCUUGGUUCCGCAUAUAUCUCAAGUCAACUCUCGUAAAUACCCAUAUGAAGUUAUUUUCAGGAGCCUUCAGAAGCUUCUGAUGGACACUGCAAGCUCUGAGUAUCUUUUCAUAGAAUCAUUCUUUGGAGAAGAGGCACUGUUUUAUCAAGUUUUCGAAGGACCUUUUGCUGUUAUUGAUCAACAUUUGGAUAUCACUCUUCCAAAUUGUCAUGAUGCUGUAUGCCUCAUGCUCAUAAUCUGCAUAACUAGGAAGCACCAGUUGGUUAUGUGCGACAGACGGCUUCCUUGUCUUGAUAACUAUUUUGAUAAGGCUCUGAUGUAUCUCUGGCCACGUUUCAAGGUAGUGUUUGACAUGUAUCUUCAAAGCUUAUAUCAGUGCGAUGCGCAAACAAUAUGGAUAGAUGGUACCCAUCCACACCAUAUUGCAAGGUGCUACGUGGAGUUCACAGCAUCCCUUGUUCAACUUAAUGCUGAAUGCGGAGAUGGUCAGCUUGAUAUGAACUUGGAACGCUUGCAGUCAGCUAUUGAUCUCCUACUUAUUAGGCUUGCCCAACCUUUUACAACUACCAAGCUGCAGCACCUUUUUCUUUUGAAUAAUUAUGACAUGGCCAUCUCUGUCCUCAAGGAAGCUGGUGAUGAAGCCAAAAAACUGCAAAGAUACUUUGAAGAGAAGUUAGAAACUAACAUGAUGGCUUUUGUGGAUGAUUUGCUCAUGGAACAUUUCAGUGACUUACUUCGGUUUGUGAGGAGCCAUGUUUCGGAAGACUUGGUAUCUUACACCGAUGACACCAAUAUUGCUGAUGUUGAGCCAGUUGUGAAGAACUUUGCCAUGAAGUGGAGAACUGCUCUAGAGCUCAUGCACAAUGAAGUCAUAACUUCUUGUAGUAACCUUUUGUCUGGGAUGGCAAUUCUAAAAGCAGCAAUGACCCAGUUGCUUAAUGACUAUAACAGGCUCUCAGAAUGUGUGAAAAAAAUCACAGGGGGGUUGACUUUGAACAGACAUAUGGUUUCCAUCACCUCUAUUUCAUAUGAAAUCAGGAAAUACUCAAGAACACUCUAG